GACCAUGGUCGAGAUGUUGGUCUCACACGGUGCUGUAGCGCUGGCCCUGGACCACGCUGGCACGACGCCGCUGCUCUCAGCCGCGCGAGUGGGCAACGUGGCUAUCACAAGAAUGCUCUUGAGUACGCUGACGUCGGAGACGAUGCGACCUGCGAUCGACAGCUGCCUCGAGGCCGCCAUCGAGUCCAAGCACUGGCCUGUGUCGCAGGAGCUCUUGCAGUCGCUCCGCUCCAACUUUUCCGGCAACGACAUGACGAGAAUGGCGUUUCUGGCCGCGACGACCGGGCAUCUCGAAAUGCUACACGAGUUGCUCUCCCUGCACCCCGACCUGCUCUACACGCUCCAUGACGACAAGACGACGUUGCUUUUGCAAGCUGCAAAGAACGACCACGAAGAGGUGGUGGGUUCGCUCCUCGCUCGGCUGCUGCCGACGGCCACGACGUACUGCGCGUCAAAGCUGCGCGCGUUUCUCGACGCGCAUCCCGCGCUGCUCUCGCACGCAACGGCAACCCAACAUCCCGACUCGGUCGUUGCCGGUCUGCUCGCCGUGCUCCUGCCCGAAAGCGACGACAGCGCAACGACGUACCGGGUCUGGCGCCAACGCCAUGCGACGCUCCAGCAAGUCCACGCACACCUGCAUCAUUGCUCCACGAAGGACGACCGCACGGCGCUGCAAGUUGCGACAAGCGCCGCGGUCCAGGACCGACUCCGAGUGUUUGGCCAGGACGUCGACGCGCACCGCACACGUGUCUGUGCCCAAAUGCAGUCGCUCGUAUGUUGA